AUGAGUAAUGCUUUUAAAUCAGCUGGCAAUAACCUAACAAAAGGCGAUCUUGGAUAAACAGGUUAAAGUUUUGCAGGUUCAUAAAAUCCUGCAUCACUCAAAGGAAAAUUAAUGAGCUUAGAAGAAACAAUCAAAGGGAUUCAAGACGAAAUGAAUUUUCAUAAAAAAGAGGUCUAAAUAUUGAAAUCUGAAAAAGACACUCUAGAAUCUGUCUUAAGUAUGAAAACAUAAGAUGUGAAAAAAACACUCACAAAUGAAUUAAUGAGGAUUGAAGAGGAAAUGAAAAGACAUUUUGCACAUUAAAAAGCUGAAAAUUCUAGACUUUAAUAACAAAUAACAGCCUUAAAAGGUGAAAAAACUGCGUUAUAACAAUAAUUGCUCGGAUUGUAGAGAAGAAUAGCAGAACUUGAAUUAUAAGUUGGUUAAGAAUAAGCAUGAUAAUUAUCAUAUUCAUUAUAUAAUUGGUCAUAUUUAUAUGUGAUUUUUAGAAA